AUCUCUUUAUCAGUGAAGACAUCACUUGUGAAAAGGGCUUCAUGUCUUUCGGUUGAGGUCAAUGUUCCGCCAUGCGCUAAGACGAGCUGCUAUUUACCGACCGGGGACUUCCCGAGUCACUUCACGUUCGCUACUACCUCGGCCACAGCAGCCAUGUCUUAUCCGCAUGGCACGAAGCUAUCAUGAGUUUGGCCAUAGGGCGUCUGCCUUUGACGCCGUCUCUGGGGGCAAGAGUAGAGACUCGACUCUGUCCUUUCUCACAAACGACACCAUCUAUGCCCUCUCAUCAGGAUCAGGAAGAGCUGGCAUAGCUGUAAUCCGUAUUUCUGGACCUGGUUGUCUUGAUGUCUACAACUCACUAUGUCCCACCAAACCCAUUCCCAACCCCAGAUACGCCGCAGUGCGCACUCUAACCGAGCCCACCGAAUCCGGCAAGGAUGCCUCAUCAUCACCACCAGCUAACGCCAACGUCCUCGACACCGACGCUCUGGUCCUCUACUUCCCCGGUCCCAAGACCGUCACAGGCGAGGACGUCCUCGAGCUGCACGUGCACGGCGGCCCGGCCACCGUCAAGGCCGUUCUCUCCGCCAUUCCCAAGUCCACUUCUUCGGGUACCAUCCGCUACGCCGAGCAAGGCGAGUUCACCAAGCGCGCCUUCCUCAACAACCGACUAGACCUCGCCCAAGUCGAAGCCCUCGGCGACACCCUCUCCGCGGAAACCGAGCAGCAGCGACGGGCCGCCAUCCGCGGCACCUCAGGCGUGUUGGGCAAGACGUACGAGUCCUGGCGGGAGCAGCUACUCCUAGCCAGGGGCGAGAUCGAAGCCCUGAUUGACUUCAGCGAGGACCAGCACUUCGAUGAGUCACCUACGGAGCUGCUGCGGAACGUCACCCAUCUCGUUAAAGGGAUACUGCAUUCCAUCAAGCUGCACGAGAUGGGCAGCCAGCGGAGCGAGUUACUCCGCAACGGCAUCCGGAUCGCUUUGCUCGGUCCGCCGAACGUGGGGAAGAGCAGCUUGAUGAACUUGAUUGUGGGGAGGGAGGCGAGUAUCGUGUCGUCUGAGGCUGGCACGACGAGGGAUAUUGUUGAAGCUAGUCUUGAUAUCCGCGGGUAUUUGUGUUCGUUCGCUGAUACGGCUGGUAUUCGCACCCGCUCGUCCCUUUUACCGGAAGAGGAAGAGGAAAAAAAGGAGGAGGCGCCAAUCGGCAAGAUCGAAGAGGAGGGUAUCCGUCGCGCGAGACAGAAGGCUCUUGACUCAGAUGUCAUUAUCGUUCUGGCUUCUGUCGAACCCCAUCCCAACGGUGGUGUAGAAGGUUACCGCCUAAACUACGACCUCUCAACCCUCCACCUCGCCUCUCAAGCGCCAGAAUCCCUUCUGGUGAUUAACAAAUCCGAGACCGUCCCUCCCGCUGUCCUAGCGCAAUUAAUCCGGUCCUUCAAAACCGACGUCCUCUCCACCCACCUCCCCGCGGACUCCCCGCUCAAAACCCAAGACCCGGUCCUCAUCUCCUGCCGAACCGCCGAGCAACGCUCCGGGGGUGUUGACGACACAGACCCAGGCAAAAUCCACCACCUCAUCUCCCGCCUGUCCUCCUCCUUCGCCGAGCUGACCGCCAUCCCGCAAGACAUGGAGCACUUGCUAGGCGUCACGGCGAGGCAGAAUGAAUUGCUUGGGCAGUGUAGAGAUGCGUUGGAGGAUUUUAUGGCUGAGGCGAACCCGAACACGACGACUGUUGAGGGGGAUGUCGUGAGGAUGGGAGAGGAUGAAGUGGAAGCGGAUAUUGUGCUGGCGGCGGAACAUUUGAGGGUGGCGGCGGGGAGGUUGGCUGCUAUCACGGGGAAGGGAGAGGCGGGGGAUGUGGAGGAGGUGUUGGGGGUUAUUUUUGAGAAGUUUUGUGUUGGGAAGUAG